AUGCCUUUUGUACCCUCACGCUGGUUGGCGUGCCUUCCUCUACCCACUCAGAUCAGGUGGGAGCCCUUCCCUCGCCGCUCUUUAAUUGCGACUAACGCUACGAAACCCCCCGAAGACAUCCUUCCGACUACUGGCGACAGCUUAUUUACAUCAUAUUUUUACCUCCCAAGCUCGCGUACGAUGCGAAACGUGCCCGAGACAUCCGAACCCCAAAAGGGCGUGUUCACUAUGGCCGAGCUGGUGGCCGCGGGGUCUACAAAGUUGGAUACCCACCAUGCAGCCCCGACAACUCAAGUCGCGACCCCCCCCACGGAGCGCAUGGAUGACUCCCUGCGAGGCGAGUGGCGCAGAUUCAGGACAUCAUUCAACCACACACCAUCCGUCCUGUCACCAAGGACUGGUUGUCAGUCGAGUGCUUCAGGUGCGCCCCUGGUCCCAUAA